GACCUCCUCACAAUCUCCAGCAUCAAGCUGCCCCUUCUCCUCCUGUCCUCUGGCAUCAUCGCCGUUCUCCUUAACGGUUUUGUUCGCAACAGUCAAGCCGACCAAGAUGGCGCGCAGCCUGCCCCCCGCAUGUUCCAAUGGGACCGCUGGCUAGGACUUGAUACAGUCGUCAGCCAAAUGUGGGCGCUCCGAACAGACACCUACCUCGACUGGCUGCGUCGCUUGCACAAGAACCAGCCCAAAACCUUCUCGCUGCAGUUCUUCACGGGGCGCUGGAUCUACUCCAGUGAGCCCACCGUUCUCAAAGCCGUGUAUUCCACCCACUUCAAGGACUUUGGUGUCGAGCCCAUCCGCCGCAACUCCAAAUUCACCAUGCCAUUCGCCGAUAAGGGCGUCAACACCACCGAUGGUGCCGACUGGAUGUUUAGUCGCACGCUGAUCAAGCCGUUCUUUGAGCGCGACGUCUACCACAACACCGAUCGCAUCAAGCCCUUCGCCGAUCGAUUUCUGAGGCUAUUCCCCGCGACGGAUGGCGAGACCUUUGAUGUCCAGCCCCUGCUGCAACGCUGGUUCCUCGACAUUAACAGCGACUUUAUCUUCGGCAAGUCGUUGGAUUCGCUGGUCGAUGCAUCUCGGGCCAAGUUUGCCUGGGACAUGACGACGGCCCUGCGCGGUGCAAGACUGCGUGCUCAGGCGCAUCGCUUCAUGUGGGCCUUCAACUGGGGAUGGUGGCUCGAGGCCGUGAAUGACAUCCACAGUUUCGUCAAUGAUAACAUCCGUUCCACAUAUGCGGAGCUGGACGAGCGUGACCGGCUCAUCAAGGAAGGCCACGAAGUCGGGCCCGAGCGCACCGAUCUACUGUGGACAAUGGCCCAGCAAAUGCGCGGCGAUUUCGAGGGUCUGCGCUCCCAGGUCUGUCUGAUCAUUGUGCCGACCAACGAUACCACCUCGAUGUUUAUCGCCAACUGCAUCUGGUAUCUGGCUCGCCAUCCGGAAGCUUGGCAAGCCCUACGGCAGGAGGUUGCCGCUUUGGGCAAGGACGCCCCCUUGACCUUUGAUGUUCUGCGCAAUAUGCCUUACCUCAACGGGGUGAUGAAUGAGACCCACCGCCUUAUCCCCAACAACGUCACCCAAGUACGCGCCUGCCUCGCCGACACCGUUCUCCCCCUGGGAGGAGGUCGUGAUGGCCAAGCGCCCCUAUGCGUCCGCAAGGGCGAGAUAGUCUCCGUCAGCAAGAACGUCAUGUACCGGGACCCCGAUCACUGGGGCGCGGACGCGGACGAAUAUAAGCCCGAACGCUGGGACGGACGACGCGGUACCUGGGGAUUCGUGCCGUACGGGGGCGGGCCGCGCCGCUGUCCGGCACAGAUGAUGGUCCAGACCGAGUGUGCGUAUAUGCUUGUGCGUAUGGCGCGCGAGUACCGACGGCUUGAGGCACGGGAUGCACGGCCUUAUCGGCCGGUGAUGCGGAUUGGACCGUCGAAUAAGCAUGGGGUUCAGAUUGCGGUUUAUAAAUAGAUGAAUGGCUUGCGGGAAAGGGAAUUCAAAUGACAUUAGUGGUUGAAGAUGCAGGCUGUGAUGUGGUUCUACAUGAAGGAAGUGAACUGAGUUGAAUUGUGGUUAUGGUCUGUUGUGAUGAUUGAUAUACUAUUAGUUGUGAUUGCCAGUCAAGUAUACAUAGUAAGGAUAC